GCCUCCGGCUAUAAACCCGGGGGUGCCUCAGCCGGCCCAGCAAGACUCUGCCCCACGGUUUACCGCUUCAGAAGGCCCAGCCUUAGGUCACAUCAGGAUGUCGGACACGGAAGAGCAGGAAUAUGAGGAGGAGCAGCCAGAAGAAGAGGAGGCUGCCGAGGAGGAGGAGGAAGCCACCGAGGAGACGGAGCCGGUGGCAGAGCGAGAAGAGGAACGCCCCAAACCAAGCCGGCCCGUGGUACCUCCACUGAUCCCGCCAAAGAUCCCAGAAGGGGAACGCGUGGACUUCGAUGACAUCCACCGGAAGCGCAUGGAAAAAGACCUGCUGGAGCUGCAGACGCUCAUCGACGUGCAUUUCGAGCAGCGGAAGAAGGAGGAAGAGGAGCUGGUUGCGCUGAAAGAGCGCAUUGAGCGGCGCCGGGCAGAGAGGGCCGAACAACAGCGCUUCAGAACGGAGAAGGAGCGCGAGCGGCAGGCCAAGCUGGCGGAGGAGAAGAUGCGGAAGGAAGAGGAAGAGGCCAAGAAGCGGGCUGAGGAUGAUGCCAAAAAGAAGAAGGUCCUGUCCAACAUGGGGGCCCAUUUUGGGGGUUACCUGGUCAAGGCAGAACAAAAGCGGGGUAAGCGCCAGACGGGACGGGAGAUGAAAGUGCGCAUCCUGUCCGAGCGUAAAAAGCCUCUGAACAUCGACCACAUGGGAGAGGAGCAGCUCCGGGAGAAGGCGCAGGAGCUGUCCGACUGGAUCCACCAGCUGGAGUCCGAGAAGUUUGACUUGAUGGCGAAGCUGAAGCAGCAGAAAUACGAGAUCAACGUGCUGUAUAACCGCAUCAGCCACGCCCAGAAGUUCCGGAAGGGGGCAGGGAAGGGCCGCGUCGGAGGCCGCUGGAAGUGAGGACGUGGGGCGGUGGCCCACCCUGAGGUGCCCGGGAGCCCACGGAGUGUUUGUCCAUCCAUAGCUUGAAAUAAACGCUCCCCCUGCAGGCUC